AUGUCGGCCACUGUGCUGCCACUGCUCUCGCCUCUGCGUCCGCUGCCGGGGUUCGUCGCGAACCUCAACGGCGCAGGGCGCCUCGGAGGCUGUUUCGCACUCGACGGCGCCGACCUGAGCAGCGGAGGCCUGUCCGGCACGAGAUGGACACUCUCGCUUGAUGUCGGCGCAGAGCGCGGCACGUGGAUGCCGCCGACCUGGGGCAGGAGCGGAUCCCGCGCCACGCCUCGCGUCCGCGUCGAGUUUGCAGAAGACGGCGAGCUGCGCAUCCUCGAGACUGGUCCGUACGACCGCGUCACUGUUAGCUGGGCAGGCGCUGGCCGCUGGACGCAGCCGGCGGGUCGCGAGAAGGCGGAGUUCUGGCUGCCGCACACGGGCCUCGCCCGGGACGAUGUUGUGCUCGAGGCAGGCAGGCUGCACUUCUCUGCGCCGGCGUGGGGCGCGCAGCUCACCAUCAAGCAAUCCAAGCUGGGGUGGAUACCCUUUCUGCCGACGCUGCCAGGCACCUGA